GAGAAAUCCAACUCCCAAAAAUCCGAACUCAUCUAGGAUCCGUGAGCAGACACCACGUGCGGCGGAACAAGAGGGAGAUGCCAGUAUUAAGGCUUACCCUAAUAAUUGUACAUCUUCAGAUAGUACGUCUUGGAAGAGCUGUUCCACAACAAACAGCUUCAAGAUGAAUGUCAAGAUGGACUUGGAUGAGCUCUAACAGUAGGCGGAACUCUGCUGGGGAAGAGACGGAUGAAGUGCAGAUCUUCGAUGACAACGCUACUCCGAAGAGUUCUAGCAAGAUGGAAAAUCGAAAUGAUGGAAACAGAGUUCCGAAGACUUCUUCUUCGACAAACAAGAACGGGAGAAAGAACAAUGCCGUGAUCGUUGGAGCCACGGUGAGAGCAUCUUCGUCCACAGCACCCAGUAGUGCGAGACCCAGUAGCCCAACGAAGGUCGAGAAUGUCGAAGAACCCAGUCUGAUCCAGUCUUUCUACGGCAAUACGAGCAACUAUCUGGAGCUCUCGCGUGCGGAAGGCAGCCCUACGCGGAAGAGUCGGGACGCGAAACUAGCACAGGAUUACGAAGCGCUUCUGAAAGCGCACAAACGGGUGCUUCUGCAAGUCGAGACUCUGCAAAACUCGAAAGUCAGCGCGAUCGAACAUGACUUGUUGGUAAAAAUUGUUUUUUGUUUGUUUUUUUUUGGCCUGAGAAGAACACAAAACGGUAUCAAUGGUUGAGUAGAUUACAGUUUGCUUUUGUGUAGAUACUAGUAAUUGGUCGUUCGGAAGAUCGAGUAGAUUCCUGCUUCCUUCAAAUGAACCAUUUAUUCCCGCCUUCCGCAGACCAGCAAGUACAGACGAGCUUUGUCGCAAAUCGAGGCCCUGGAGAAUCGUGAGAUAGCAGCUGAAGAAGUUGCUGAAAAGGAUUUGGAAAUCCAAGAUUUGAGGCUUCAAGCCGUAGUUAAGGCUACAAGUAGAAGUCCAUCUUGUUUACAGGCAUGAAUCUUGGUCCUCCCGUUUUUCAACAGGGAACUAACGGGGACCCAAGAUGCUGGUGCAGAUGGAUUUCCCUUACAGUUCUAACGUAGAUUUGCGCAAGAAACUACGACUAAGCGUCGCGAAUUCCCUAGAGUUGAUGGGCGUACCGCCGGAUACGACGAGGAACCCCUAUGCAUUGUUUGACGAGUACGAACAGGAGAUAUCAGCUCUGAAGGCUGAAAUGCGAGCACUGCAGGACCGUAAUGUACGACUCUCGGUGGAAUUGGAAAAGUACUUUUACAAGCUUACUUCGAUCUUCACACAGUAACUCGAUUUUUCAAAGCUGUAGUUAGUAGUUGUGUUUACAACCGUUGGCUUUUUUUGAUACUCAAAAAUGUUGAUGUUUCAUAAACCUUAAAUUUCCAGGUUCCAAACCCCUUUUGGCACUCAAUCGGUUACGUCCUUGUCGGAUCCCAAAGGGGUUCCUAAGUUUGUCCGUGAAUUGCAGAAGGAGCUAAAUGCUCUCAAGAAGCGAGAGGAGGAAUUCUCACGGAGCGAGAGGAGCAACAGACUAGUAAGUCGCUGCGUGGCGGAAUUGACACAGAUUAUGGUUUUGUUUUCGGUGAGAAGAAAACUGUAUGUAGUUUAGUCAUGACCUAUGGCCGCUGGAGUUACCACUAUACCCUGUUCGAUGUAGAAGUCGAGUCAUUUAUGGUCCCCCUCGAGAGAGUUUGUUAGACUCUCAUUUUUUAAGCGAGUGUCCUUGAGAAAAUUUUGAACGAGUUCUACUUCUAACUCCCAGUUAUCCCGUGCCGAAAAAGGACUACAGGACGCAACCCGACGUGCAGAUUUGACUGAGAAGAAAGCUGAUGCAAGCGAACAAUUUCUCGAGAAGAUCCUAACCAAAGCUCGCGCGACCGAAACCGAGCUAGAAUCUGAAAAACGCGCCAAUGAGGGGUUAGAUUACGGCCCAUGUUGCGAUUACUUGUUUCAUAUUUGAAUCUGUGAUUCAGGUUGAUCUAGAUCAACUCGUUCUUUUGUACUUUUGUACUCUCUCUGCUUCAAAGCUCAUGGAUUCCACAGGUCAUUAUCAUUUCUUCCGUACUCUCUGCUUCAAAGCUCAUGGAUUCCACAGGUCAUUAUCAUUUCUUCCAGAUUUCCUUCUAAAGAUUUUGUUAAAAUAUACACCAGGGUUAUUCUUUUAGGAUUUAGCCAUCUCUAAUCACAAGCAGAGGUCGCCGGCCUCAAGGAAGCCUGUUUCCACCAGACCCAGUAUCGAAGACAGGAGUCACUUUUGACAAAGUUUUUACCUUUGUCCAAGGCUUUACAGCACAAUCCGGGUGUUGGGCCGGGAGGUGCCAGCAACGGCCAAGCGUCCGGUCAAGGCACCAACACUCGGGCUAGAUCGCGUGCUGCUUCACAAUCGCCUCGUUUUUCAUCAGUAAUAGAUUUGGGAGGUGACGGAGGUGGAGGGAUGGGGAAUAUUAUGAACUCACCUGUUGUAAUUGAGAUAAUUUUACCUCGAGCUGUAGCACUGUUAGCACUACCUAUGUAUUCAUUGAUAUGUUUGUGCAGAAGAUAAGUGGACCUUUUGAUUUACUUUUUCUGUGUAAAAGUAAAUUCUAUGAGUCAAAUGUAAAUCAUUCAUCUGCGUCUCUACUUCUAUGUAUUCUCUCUGAAUCCGAAUCUUUUCUAUGUAAACUCUGUUACUCAACCGAUCCAUCUAUCCUCUAACAAAAACGAGUACAGUGCCUACACAGACCGCAAUUCGCGUACACCAAGGCAGAGUGAGCGCAAUCGACAGAGCUUGAUCGAGAACUUUUCGAAAUUGCAUCAAUUAAGGGUACCGUCAGCCCGCAUCUUUUAGCCGCAUCUUUUAGCCGGUUUCUAGUUGAAAGAUGUUCGAAGAGUAAGGUUGCCGGUAUCAUCUCUAAAAGAAGAAAUCACGAAAAACCCAGACUUGAAAUUCGUCAUUCCCCUCUCGAGUCGCGUGAAAGCCGCUUUAGACGGUCUGCUGCGACAACACACGCAAUUGGAGCAAAGUGCCGCGAGCGCGUUACAGGUGAUACACAACUCAGCGGCGGCUGAAGUUCGACAACCGACGCGAGACGUAAGCAUGAAGUCACUCCGGGAAACAAGAGGUGCCGAUGCUGCGGUAAAUCUCAUGAAUGCAGAUCCGAGAGCAACGCAGAGCGCGGUCGUGAUGAGAGUUAUGCGAGGUCGUGACUAGGAGAACUCUUUUUCUAAGGCAUUCACAUAGUAGAAGUUCUCUUUUUCUAUGAAAGAUCUACGGGUGCUAGGAACAGCAUCAGCAGGGAUACACACAUACAUUUAAGGCGUUGCUUCGCCAUACUUCCAGUUCGCGCAGCAUAAGAAAAACUAUGGACACUCUAACUACAUGGAAAGUGAACUGGCGAAACGGGGUCGCACGCGGAUGCGCGAUUAUUAAGUUUGAGGAUUACGGGUUGGAUGCUUGACAAUCUACGGGAGAGGAACUGAUGUGCUAAAUUGGGACGAAAGAAGCAAAACAUAGUAUUUAUCGCCAAGACGCAAAAACAUACUGUUUAUGAUCGCUGAAGAUGUUGGAGAACUUAUAACCAGUGAUCCAUUGAUUCAGAUUUUGCUUACAGUAAAUUGCCAACUCUAGAAGUGUCUACUAUUCAGUUCUACGACGUACACGUACACAUACACCAACAUAAAGAAGUUUACUAAUUACCAAGAUUUUGAUACUCGCAUUUUAGUGAUUGGGUGGUCAAGACUCGCGCAUCUUCACAGGCGUUAUGAAGGUAACUCUGAGUUCGAUCUCUUCUGAU